UCAAGGCCUGGAUAUCCUGUUGGAACUGGAGUUGGACCCGGGGGCAUCUCACCCGCUCAGGCUAAAGCUGCCAAAUAUGGUGUUGGUGGUGUUGGAGGUGUGGGUGGUGUUGGAGGUUUUGGCGGCACAGGUGGAUUGUAUCCAGGGCAGGUGCCAGGAGCGGGGUAUGGAGCUGGGUCCAAGGCUGCUAAAUAUGGAGUACCCGGAGGUGUACCAGGAGGGGUUCCAGGAGGGGUUCCAGGGGUUUCCAGGAGGGGUUCCAGGAGGGUUUCCAGGAGGGUUUCCAGGAGGGUUUCCAGGAGGGGUACCAGGCGGAGUACCUGGAGGUGGAACAGUGGUUGGUGGAUAUUCACCAGCAGCUAAAGCCGCCAAAUAUGGACAAUUAGGGGCCGGAGGACAAUUAGGGGCCGGAGGACAGUUCGGAGGACAGUUAGGGGCCGGAGGACAAUUAGGGGCCGGAGGACAGUUCGGAGGACAGUUAGGGGCCGGAGGACAAUUAGGGGCCGGAGGAGGAUAUUCUGCUGCUGCCAAAGCUGCUAAAUAUGGACAAUUAGGGACCGGAGGAGGACAGUUAGGGGCCGGAGGAGGACAGUUAGGGGCCGGAGGAGGACAGUUCGGGCCCGGAGGAGGACAGUUCGGGGCCGGAGGACAGUUAGGGGCCGGAGGAGGACAGUUAGGGACCGGAGGAGGAUAUUCUGCUGCUGCCAAAGCUGCUAAAUAUGGACAAUUAGGGACCGGAGGAGGACAGUUAGGGGCCGGAGGAGGACAGUUAGGGGCCGGAGGAGGACAGUUAGGGCCCGGAGGAGGACAGUUCGGGGCCGGAGGACAGUUAGGGGCCGGAGGAGGACAGUUAGGGACCGGAGGAGGAUAUUCUGCUGCUGCCAAAGCUGCUAAAUAUGGACAAUUAGGGACCGGAGGACAGUUAGGGGCCGGAGGAGGACAGUUAGGGGCCGGAGGAGGACAGUUCGGGGCCGGAGGACAGUUAGGGGCCGGAGGAGGACAGUUAGGGGCCGGAGGACAGUUAGGGGCCGGAGGAGGACAGUUAGGGACCGGAGGAGGAUAUUCUGCUGCUGCCAAAGCUGCUAAAUAUGGACAAUUAGGGACCGGAGGACAAUUAGGGACCGGAGGACAGUUAGGGGCCGGAGGACAGUUCGGAGGACAGUUAGGAGCCGGAGGACAGUUAGGGACCGGAGGACAGUUAGGGACCGGAGGAGGAUAUUCUGCUGCUGCCAAAGCUGCUAAAUAUGGAGCCCAAGGAGCAGGACUGGGAGGCACAGGAGGAUAUGGAGGAGCAGGAGGACUAGGAGGUGGAGGAUAUGGAGGAGCAGGAGGACUAGGAGGUGGAGGAUAUGGAGGCACAGGAGGACUGGGAGGUGGAGGAUAUGGAGGCACAGGAGGACUGGGAGGUGGAGGCUACUCUGCUGCUGCUAAAGCUGCUAAAUAUGGUCCAGGUGGUGCAGGGGUAGUUCCAAGUGGUGGUGCAGGUGGAGGAGUAAUUCCUGGAAGAGGCCCAUUUUUACCAGGAUAUGGAUCUUUAGCCGCUGGUGCUAAACCUCCUAAAUAUGGAGCCCAAGGAGCAGGACUGGGAGGAGGCGGAGUUCCAGGGGGAGCAGGGCAGGUUCUUCCUGGUGGUGGUGGCGGCUAUGGAGGUUAUGGAGCUGGUGCUGGAGUCAAACCACCAAAGUAUGGAGUUUCAGGUGGAGGUGGAGCAGGGUUGGGGACAGGAGGACUGGGGGGUGCAGGAGGAGUAUCUGGUGUAGCACCAGGACUAGGAGGUGGUCAAUACUCUGCUGCCGCAAAAGCUGCUAAAUACGGGGUUUCAGGAGGAGCUGGAACAGGAUUUGGAACAGGAGGACUGGGAGGGACAAGAGGAGCAGGAGCAGGUCCUGGUUUUUUACCAGGACAAGGAGGUGGACAAUACUCUGCUGCCGCAAAAGCUGCUAAAUACGGAAUUGCAGGAGGAGCAGGAACAGGGUUAGGAACUGGAGGAGCAGCAGCAGGUUUUUUCCCAGGACAGGGAGGUGGACAAUACUCUGCUGCCGCAAAAGCUGCUAAAUACGGAGGAGCUGGAGCAGGCUUAGGAACAGGAGGACUGGGAGGGACUGGAGGAGCUGGAGGAGUUUUACCAGGAGGAAUCGGGGCUGAAGGAUAUCCAGGCGGUGUAAAACCACCAAAACAUGGAGGCAUCACUGGAGUUGGACUUGCAGUACCAGGAGUUACUCCAGGUACAGCUCUCAGUGGUGGCCCGGAUGGUUCUGCUGUCUUUGUGCCAGCGAAGGACGCAGAUUUUGCUGGAACUCCUAAACCAGAGCCCACGCCUAUUGUCGCAACUGGCAUGACCCCAGAGGUCCCACGGCCCAAUUCUGGUGGAAUAAUUCAGCCUAGUGCUGGAACAGGUGUUGGUGGAGCAGGUGUUGGAGUUCCCUCUGGUGUUGGAACCGGAGUCCAACAACCUGGAGGUGUUGGUGUUGGCAUAGGUGGCAAAGCACCUAAACCAUUCUUUCCAGGAGCAGGUGUUGGUCCAGCCGGAGGUGGAUAUCCAUAUGGUGGAACCUAUGGAACUGGGGGUGGAGCAGGAGGAGGAGUAGGAAUCCCACUAGCAGCUGGUGGUUAUCAAGGGGGAUACAGGCCAUAUCAUCAUGGUUAUGGUCAGGGUGGGUUGACUUAUCCUUCUGCAUAUGGACUGGGAGGUGGUGGUGCUGGAGCUAAACCACCCAAACCAGGCUACGGCAAUCUUGGAGCCGGCAGUGUGUAUCAGCAAGGUGUGGCUCCUGUGGCUCCUGGUUAUGGAGGAGGUUACCCCCAGCAGUACUACCAAGGUGGAUAUGUACCAGCCCCACUGACGCCUCAACAAGCCAAAGCAGCCAAGUACGGUCCAUUGCAGGGCUUCCUUGGUGGUGCAGGAGGAGGAGGAGGAGGAGGCUAUAGAGGUUGAGUUGCAGGAUGCCAGGGCAAAUACUGUGGCAGGAGGAAGUAGAGGAUUUCCUGAGAUCCAGUGUGACCUCAAGACACCAUGGUGCUACUGCAUGAUCUAGAAUGUACAUUUUAUAUGCAAACAAACCCCAUUAGAAAACACGUAGAGACGUUUUGUUUGUUUUUUUUACUUACUUGACUUCAACGUCUGGUUUUAUACGAACCCACCGACCCUGAAUUUUUUGUACACGCUCUGAUGUGACACAUGUUAUUGAUAGUGGCUGUAAUCAAUAAUGUGGUCAAGUUAAUCAGCUUUAACUCCCCUUACUGCACCCGCCCACUUAGACUAUAAAGAGUGUGUGUCUGUGUCACCAUGUGUUGUUCUCGUGUAUGAAUGUGUGUGUGUUUAGUGCGAAAGACUGACUGAACCAUUGACUGUCAAUGUGACCUAUGAAUGAUUUCUGUUCUCGGUUUGAAUCAUAAAGCAAGGUGAACUGUUCUCAGUGUAACAGCCCACACUGUCGCACCUCGCUGUGCAGAGCUUGUCAUCUCUCUGACAUGUCAGAGGGGUUGGGUGGGUCGAGGCCUCGUCCAAAAAACUGAUGAAAUCUGGCCAAUCUCAGUGUCGUCUCUAGCUCCCCGUCUUCUCUGCUGCUAUUUUUAGGCCUGCUGGGUAGAAAGCAGCGGGAAUUGGGGCUCUGGCCAACCCAUCUGCUCUCAGUAACUUUGCUGAUUCUAGUUGCUACGCAGUUCAGUUUUUGCUGCAUUUUUAAUGUCGCCAAACUUGUGAUGUAUGAAGAGCAGUUUCUGCUUUGAGUAACGGCAUGCUGAAGACAAUCAAAAAGCGUUUGAUUCGAUACAGGAUGUUUAAAAACCGUGGGAAAGCCUUCCAAGUAGAUUAAAAUGUAACUCUACUACUCUAGCAUUUACAUUAUGUAUGUGUGAAUGUUUCAUUAUGUGUCUUUAACAGAGCGCUUUAGUCUGCUUCAAAUGUUUAGUCUCAUUGCAGCAGUUAUUUACAUUUAUGAAUCUUGUCAUUACAUGAUUAUUCAAGAUUUUUUGCACCAUGCUUUGACUCAUAGCUUCAUUGUCAUCAGGAAUGUGUGAGGAUAAAACAAGAACAAUCCUUUGCUUUUGCAUUUAUUCAGUGUUUAGAAUUGUAAUACAGAAUAAUUUAAUGGGAGAGACGACAUGUUAAUGUGAGGCAUGAACUCCCAUUGUUCUUCAUUUACUUGAGCUGCUUUUAUAAAAGGCUUACUGACCAAAGGUUCAUGAGCGCUGUUGCCAAGUGACCCCAUCUCUUUCUCUAAUUGUGUAUUGUAUUUUGUACUAAUUUGAUAAACGCUGGCUUCCGUCUCUUCACUCGGUGCUGUGUAAGAAAUGUGUUUGAGCCUCGCUGGGUCAGACCUUGCCUUAUGUGCCAUGGGAUACUCUUCAUCUUUAUUUAAAAUUGUUUUUAUAAGGAGGAACAGUGUGGUUUUGCACUUUUUAUAAUUUCCACGACACACAUGUGACUUGUUCCUGGAAUCCAGCAUUUAUUUGCUUCAUUAAAUAACAAAAUACAAUGUGUU